GUAGAACGUGAAAGCGCAGCACAGAUGUUUGACCCAAGCGCGACACCGUAGCUCAGCGUGUGGCCAGUGGUCAGGCUUCACAGGUUGCACUCGGAUUAUUUUACUGAUUGAGGAGAAAAGUCACCUUUUGUUUCAGUGUUAUGAUGUAGAAAAGUUUUUGCCCUAUUCAACAUAUUCUUUGGAAGGUUUUUAUUUUGUGUUCAACAGACGCCGGCAGGUUGUUGUUGAUUAGCCUGCUUGCUGCUUUGCUUGCUAGCACUUGACAGCGAGUACGUAGCACGCGGAAAAUCCGCUGCACAGACGUCGGGUGUCAGUGGUUCACAGGGGUCACAGUGGUGUUAGAGACCUCCCGGGAUCGACACGAUGAAUGUUCCUAAAACUGGUUACCGCGUCUUCUCGGCAAAUUCCUCCGUAGCAUGUACGGAACUGGCCAGGAAGAUAACAGAGAGACUGGGUGUUGAACUGGGGAAGUCCGUGGUCUUUCAGGAACCAAACAGAGAGACACGAGUUGAUGUUAAAGAAUCUGUUCGUGGACAAACGAUCUUCAUCAUCCAGACAAUACCAAGAGAUGUCAACACAGCCAUUAUGGAGCUGCUUGUCAUGGCCUAUGCCCUGAAGACGUCCUGUGCAAAGAACAUCAUUGGUGUUAUCCCUUACUUCCCCUACAGCAAGCAGUGCAAGAUGAGAAAGAGAGGCUCCAUUGUUUGCAAGCUUUUAGCAUCAAUGUUGGCCAAAGCAGGUUUAACGCACAUCAUAACAAUGGACUUGCAUCAGAAAGAGAUCCAAGGAUUCUUCGGCUUCCCAGUGGACAACCUCCGCGCCUCACCAUUUUUGAUUCAGUACAUCCAAGAGGAGAUUCCUGAUUACCGGAAUGCCAUAAUUGUGGCCAAAUCUCCAGCAGCGGCUAAGAGGGCUCAGUCGUAUGCAGAGCGCCUUCGCCUGGGUCUCGCUGUGAUCCACGGGGAGGCUCAGUGUUCCGAGUCUGACAUGGCCGAUGGACGUCACUCGCCGCCAUGUGUUCGCAACACCACUGGUCACACCGGACUGGAGCUGCCUUCAGGCAAACAACAAGCCCCGUUCCCCGGCAUAGAGCUCCCAAUAAUGAUGGCCAAGGAGAAACCUCCCAUUACUGUAGUCGGAGACGUGGGAGGGAGAAUUGCCAUCAUCGUGGAUGACAUCAUAGAUGACGUCGGAGACUUUGUCGCCGCGGCUGAAAUCCUUAAAGAGAGAGGAGCCUAUAAGAUCUACAUCAUGGCCACACAUGGUUUACUGUCGGCUGACGCUCCGCGUCUCAUAGAGGAGUCGACCAUUGAUGAGGUGGUCGUGACCAACACUGUCCCUCAUGAAGUACAGAAGCUGCAGUGUCCUAAAAUCAAGACGGUGGACGUCAGCAUGAUCCUGGCAGAGGCCAUUCGCCGCAUCCACAACGGAGAGUCCAUGGCCUACCUGUUCCGCAACAUCACCGUGGACGACUAAAGGGUCUCCAGCAGGUGGCGAUGAGGUGGGUUGGGAGAGGAGCGAUUUCCUUCGCCGUCUUAGUAUAACAUGGUCCGACCAUGUUUCAUGUGUGCUGUAUGUUGUGAACAGGAUCGGAUGUGUCCUCCUGGCAGAAGAAGAAAUGUAGAAGUCUUAAUUUAUCGUACCAAAGGUUGUGAAUAUUUCAUUUUCUUGUUGGAUUGCUAAAUGCAUCGUGCCCUUAUAAUGUCGACGCAUGGAGUGCAGGCCUUCAAUAUAGCUGCUAAAUCAACAACACUGAAUUAAUACCAGAAUGAAAAACUUUAUUUGGGGAGGAAAUUGGGGAUUAGAGUGAGAGUUAGGAUUUAGUUUUAGACUUCAGGGUUAGGUGUGAGUUCAGCCUUAGGGAUGUUUUAGGGUUAAAGGUUAGGUCAAGCUUAGAUAGGGUUGGAGUCAGAUUAGGAUAGGGUUUAGGGCUAGAUCAGGGUUUGAUUAGUGAUAAAUGUUAGCCUCAAGAGUCAGGGGUCAAGACCAAGAUUGGGGAAUACAGAUAUAUUCAAACAGAUCUGAAACUUUUAUGCAUUUAAUUUUUUUUUUAAAAGACUGAAGAUGCUUUUUAUUUAAAUGUUUCACCAUCACACACUGUGGUAACUUAUAAUUAUUAAUUCAGCUUUAUCUGCAGAGAUCGUAACUAGUGUGUGCAGUCAUGGGAUUUUGUUGGUACUAAAUGAGCUGCUGGCUCUUAGAAUCAGAGCUGCCUGGCACUGUGACUGCAUUCUCACCACAGACAGGAAAAACAAAGACACUGGAAACAACGAUGAAUGAUGAUUCGUAGGUUUUAUUAGCAGACAUUUGAAGCGUUUGUGUAUGUGAAGUCCAGGUUGGUUGGUCUUGUGGAGUUGUGGAGCCAUACUAUUGAUUUUAUUAUUAUUUUGAUAUUUUUUUAAAUAUUUAAUUGGAUCACAGCAAGAAAUAAAAGUAAUCCCUGUAAAUAUAACUUGAUCCACUUGAUUGAAAAAUAACGAAAUGUUAUGUUUCACAUUUUACCCCUGAUUUUGGCUGAAGUGAAUAUCCACAGUGUUGCGGUUCUGUGGAUGUUGACCAUGUGUGUGUACGACGACACUGUGUCUAACCUAGGUGACUGUAACUGUUGGAAAAAACGAGGGAGUUGAAGUUUGCUCGAUGUGCUCAUAUGUUCAUCACAACAGGCCUCUUCUGUCACUAUGACUGCAAUAUUUGAAGCACUUCAAUAUUCCAGACUAUUUUAUUUCUCAUUCGUUCACAUUGAGUUUUCCAUGUAGGUGAUUGGUAAUAAUUCAUUUUUAAUUUUAUUUCUUUCCACAUAUUCUAUUCCACAACUUGUUUGUUUUAGUGCCUGAAAUGUUAAAUCUGUUUAAAUUUUAAAGAUUUUAAAGGAUUUUCUUCUGAUGCAAUAAUUAAAUGUGCUUUGAUGAGUUCCUCACUGUUAUAAUUCAAAUCUGCUUUGCCUAAAACAAAUGCAUCAUGUUUGUGUUUUAUGUAACGGUUGGUCACUCUGCCUCCAUAUGACAUCUUCUGUAAACUUUCUGAAACAUGCAGAUGAAGAAAAGUAGAAGAACAUUUUACUUCACUCAACUUUUGCACUAAAUAGGAACUGAGAAACAGAGGUUCUGUAUGUGAAAUGGCAAACACCUAAAAGCAUCCAACCUAUAUAUAUAUAAUAUGUAUAUGGCACUGACAUAAAGGAUGGAUGUGCUAAUGGGUUGAGAUGUGAGCUCACAUUCAUUGCAUCAUUGUGUCCUUCCUAAUGUCUCCUCUGUGUGUCAUGUUCCUCUGAUGUGUGUAAUUAAAACAUGUUUUUGUCAAUAUCAGUAAGAAUAAAACACUGGGCAUUAUGUGCAACUGAUUUGACCACCCA